GCCUCGCCGGCCCGGGUCGGCUUCGUGGGCCCGGGUCGGCCUCGAGCCCUCGUCUUGAGAUCGCAGCGAGGCCAGGACGUGGCCUCUGCCAUGCAGCACCUCGAGACAGGUAAAGUGAAUGCUAAGGACCAGAAUUUGAUGACUCAGACCACUGAAUUUCUUUGUUCGGAAGACACGUUAUGAACCCUUUCUGGAGCAUGUCUACAAGCUCUGUACGCAAACGAUCUGAUGGUGAGGAGAAGACAUUAACAGGGGACGUGAAAAGCAGUCCUCCACGCACCGCCCCCAAGAAACAGCUGCCUUCUAUACCCAAAAACGCUUUGCCCAUAACUAAGCCUACAUCUCCCGCCCAAGCAGCACAGUCAACAAAUGGCACACAUGCUUCUUACGGACCCUUCUACCUGGAAUACUCUCUUCUUGCAGAAUUUACCUUGGUUGUGAAGCAGAAGUUACCAGGAGUCUAUGUGCAGCCAUCUUACCGCUCUGCGCUAAUGUGGUUUGGAGUCAUAUUCAUACGGCACGGACUGUAUCAGGAUGGUGUAUUUAAGUUUACAGUUUAUAUCCCUGAUAACUACCCGGAUGGGGACUGUCCACGCUUGGUGUUUGAUAUUCCCGUCUUUCACCCGCUUGUUGACCCCACCUCAGGUGAACUGGAUGUGAAGAGAGCGUUUGCAAAAUGGAGGCGGAACCACAACCACAUCUGGCAAGUGCUGAUGUAUGCAAGGCGAGUUUUCUACAAGAUCGAUACGGCCAGCCCCCUAAACCCAGAGGCUGCAGUACUGUACGAAAAAGAUGUUCAGCUUUUUAAAAGUAAAGUGGUUGACAGUGUUAAGGUGUGCACGGCUCAUCUGUUUGACCAGCCUAAAAUAGAGGACCCCUAUGCAAUCAGCUUUUCUCCAUGGAAUCCUUCUGUACAUGAUGAAGCCAGAGAGAAGAUGCUGACUCAGAAGAAGAAGCCUGAAGAGCAGCACAAUAAAAGUGUUCAUGUUGCUGGCCUGUCCUGGGUAAAGCCUGGCUCAGUACAACCUUUCAGUAAAGAAGAGAAAACAGUAGCAACCUAAGAGGUGGUGAAUCGGGUGCACCGUGCACUUUCCUGCUGGACUCUGGCCUAGUUAAAGCUGACCAAUGGCAAAGGACUGCCUGAAGAGUAAAACUGUGUGGACAAUGACAGAGAUCAGUGUUUUCCAUGCACGCUUAGGUUCGAACAGCAGGGUUUGGAAACCUCUCUUUAAGUAAUGCAUUACUUCUGUCAGAAGUGUCUUUAGGGUGGUUAUCUAGUUCAGUACUCCAAAUUGUUGGGGACCUUGAGACUUAAAUAUUUUUCUGAACAUAAUGCUAAAGGUAAGUUGCGUUCAUUUAAGCUGAUGCUAGAGUAGGAAGAGUUCAACACUACAACUGGCUUUUAAAUCGGUGGUUUCAGGUGUACAUAUGUUAGCAUGUGGGGAUAAGAGAGCAAGUCCCAUGGCUCAGCACCUUUAAGCAGAAGAGCCUUUGAAAUGCAGUCCCAGCCUGCUGUCUUACUGAUUGAUAAACUGCUGUCACUGGGGUACAUAGUAGUUGAGUGAGAGGAAACCAGACACUUAUUCAUAGUGGUUUGUUUGUUUUUUUUUAGCAAAUGACUUAUUGUAUUUUUAUGGCAGGAGGGAGAAAAAGUGUUAAAACGGUUUCUAAUGAAGUCAGAUAUUUAAAUGAUGAAUGACUAAUGUGUUUAGUAGAGACAAAAUAAACUAAUAAAUGAUUGUUCUUUGUCAUUUAUGCAGGAAACUAAAGACCUUUCCCUCAAUAUAACUAAACAGAUCAGUUUAUAAAUGGCUUUAUUGAAAAAUACACUUAUUUUCAUAUAAAAUUACAGUAGCAGUAAGUAUCUUAAGAGCUUUUAUAAAUAUUUCUGUAGAACACUAUUCUCAUUGAACAGUGGAAGGUCCGUAUUUCUUUUGGAGCAAUAUGAAGUUACCUAGUAACUCUUUAUACUGAUUUCAAUUUACAAUUGAAUUUUCUCCCUAAUAAGAUUAUUAAUUCAACUUUAAAACUGCCGGGAAUAGGAAUGAUUAAUAAAGGUAUAGAUCGAUAAUUCAAUAGCUGUUAAAUAACAUUUUCUAAUUUGUAUAAACGGUACUAUGUACUAAUGAAAACCUAAAUUCUCCAGUCUUUUUAAACUACCAGGAACAUACCCAAAGAUACCAUAAAAUACAUCACCUUAAUAGACAGGUCUUCUGGAUAACUACCUCCUAAAGGAAGAGUCAUAAUUUUUCACAUUAAUACCCUUAAUUCAACUUGAUUUAAAAUCUUAGCCAGCUGAUCCCUAUAUAACAGCAACAGAAACUGGAGAAUUUAAAAUUACAUGCCCAAAAGGCGGCUACUGGGGCUUUAGCAUUCAGUUUUCUUAAAAAGUAGAAAAUGAUAAAAGAAGGUAAUGGAUAUUUAGCCUAGAAGUUCAGUACUUAAUAAAAUUUGCAUUGUAGAAAGUGCCAUGGCAAAUAUACAGCAGAAUCUGAGUUAAAAAAAAAUCAUGCUUUUUACAGCCCUAAAGUGCCACUUGUGUACAAGUUCACUCACACAUUGCACAGCUAAACAACCAAGCACUUUCCACACUGCACCACACCUACUGGGAGAGCACUAGACACAGGGAACGAGGGCUGAUGACCAAGCACUGCCGAAUCUGGGUUCUCCCCUGUUCUGUUUCAGGAAUGUAAAAAAUCUCACACUCCUACAAAGUGAUGGAGGACAAAAUACCUAGUUUUUUUUGUUUUUUGUUUUUCGCUUUGCAUGAGGACCAGAGGUGACCACAAAACAGGUAGGAAUGAAUCUGAAAUACAGUUCCUCUGUUGGAGCAUGUCAACAGAAAUUUCUAAUACACAUAUUUGAACUUGCUUUGUUCUUUGCAAUAUUUGUGAAAGCUUUGCCCAAUAGUUAAAAAUCCAGGUUUGGAUUCUAAGCAGCCUUGAUGGUAAGCAUUGAAUGGUAGACAAAAAGACAGUUGGGAUAAAUAAAAGUAUUGUGAGGAUACUGGAAGGAAUAAGUUCAAAAUCUCACAGAAACUUCUCUUCAUCCUUCUGACACGCACUAGUUGAUAGGCUGGGUUAAGGAAGAGAGCCCCUAGUGUGCAUCAAAGGCUGCUAACCAGAGUUGGUGAAAAGACAGUUCCAAUGCAAAAGACUAACCUCAGUGGGAACCUCGAUCAUUAGCUACAUCUUGCAGGCGGCGUAAUAAGGCAGAAUGGUUUUCUGGGCACAUUCUUUUUGCAGGUGAUUCACUUCCAUCUUCCAAAAGAAUCCCUCUCUUUUUGGUUGGAGUUUCCCCUGUCCGUAUCAUACUGUUAAUUUCUCUCAGUCUCUAUAGUGGGGAAAACAGUAGAUAAAAAAAAAAAAAACUUUAAAAUGCUAACGCACAUUAAAUCAGAUCAUCUCAAAUGAGUCAAACAGUUUACCUUGAAGAGCAUGGACACCUUGUACAGAGAACAGAACCACUAAGAUUCACUUUGCUAAUGUCACUUAACUGGCAGGACUGACUAACUGUGGGGGCAGAAUAUUUCUAUCUUUAAAAAGCUCCAUAGGUGAUUUUGAGCUACACGUUUCUACAAUGUGGACGAGUUCACAAAUUUGUGAUUUUUAAAACAGUUACAGAGCAUGUUACUGUGCCAUAUUUCAUCACUCCCUUUUAAGUCCAUAGUGCUUUUAAAAUAGAAAGCAUUCAGCAUAAAGCACAGAGCAGUACUCCCCUCCCCUUUUUCAGUCUAGUGUGACUCCAUUUUUAGCAGCCAUCCUCAGCUGGGAUUUCAGAGAAGUAAGCCUUCAUUCCCUAAGGCGUCCAUGAUCAAGAGUGGUACUAAUUAGCAUGAUCUAGAAUGGUACAAGUUAUAUCAUUCUUGGGAGAAGUGAAAAAAGAUUUAUGCAGCUUCGUUCUGUGGUUGAGAUAAGGAGCCCCGAUGGAGAAAGGCACUGCUGAAGUGCAGGGAGACUGACCCUUUUACAGUGCCUUCAGGCUUACAUUUCUCCAAAGCCCCAAAAGUCAGUUAUCCUAUUAGUUUCUGGUAGCUUACUGGUUUAAAGUAUUUUUUUAAUGUGAUGCUUCACGUUCCAUGUUUCCUUAUGGAAAGUAUAAUAAGCACAUUCACAUAUAUUCAUUGUAGAGAACAGCAAAUAUACCAAAGUAGAAGGAGGAGUUGUGAAUCCCCACAUACCCAUCACCCCACAGUUUCCCACUCUUGUUGGCUUAUUUGACCUAUAAUCUCAUUCAUUUUUUAGUGUAUUCUGCAUGUUUUGACUAAUAGAUAGUCAUUUAACAAUCACACUACAGUUCCUUCACUCCAAAAAAUCCCUUCAUGUCCCCUUACAGUUAGCUCACCCCCGAGCAACCACUGAUGGUUCUUGUCCCUAUAGUGGCGCCUCUUCCAGAACGUCACAGAAAUGGAAUCAUAGUUAGUAGCAGCCUGUUGAAUCUAGUGUCUCUCACUUCAGCAUUAAUGCAUUUGAGAUUUAUUUAUGUUGUUCAGCGUAUCGGUGUUGUUAGGUGCUGCGGAGUCGAUUCCAAUUCAUAGCAACCCUGUGUGAUAAGAGUAGAACUGCUGUAUAGUGUUUUCUAAGCUGUAAUCUUUAUGGGAGCAGAUUGCUAGGCUUUUCUCCCGUGGAGCCAUUGGGUGGGUUCCAACGGCCGACCUUUCGGUUAGCAGCCAAGUGCUUAACUGUUGCACCACCAGGGCUCCUUUAGUGUAUCAGUAAUUCUUUUUUAUUGCUAACUAGUCCACUGUCUGGAUGUACCACAGGUUUGCUUAUUCAUUCAUUUGUUGAAAGAUAUUUAGGUUGUUUUCCACUUACUGGCAAUUAGGAAUAAAGCCGCAGUAACGUUCACGUACGUGUUUCUGUGUGAACAUGUUACAGUUGACCUGGCUGUGAAAACCUAGGAGUGAGAUUACUGGUUUGUAUAGUAAGGGUAUGUUUAACUUCAUGAGAAACUGCCAAACCGUUGUCCAGAGAGAGUGGCUAUGCCAUUUUGCAUUCCCACCAGCAAUGUAUAAAAGUUCCAGUUGCUCCACAUUGUUGGCAGAACUUGUUACUGUCAUUCAAAAAAUUGUUAGCUAGGCUAAUAAGGAUGUAAUAUGUCAAGUGUGUUCAAAUCUUUUGCCCUUUUUAAAUUUGGUUAUCUUCUUACUGAGUUUCGAUAAUUAUACAUUCUAGAAACAAAUCCUUUAUCUGAUAUAGGAUUUGCAAACACUUAUCUCAGUGACUUGUCUUUAUUCUCUCAUAGUGUCUUUUGAAGAGCAAAAUUCUUACUUUUGAUAAAAUCCAACUUUUUAAUCAUCUUACAUGAAUCCUCUUACUGCUGUAUUCUAAAAUCCUUCCAUAACCCAUGAUCACAAAGAUUUCCUCCCAUGUGUUCUUCUAAAAGUUUUGUAGUUUUAGGUUUUAUUUUACAUUUAGUUCUGUAAUCCAUCAGAGUUAAUUUCUGUAUAUGGUAUAGGGUAUAAGUGUUCGUUUCUAAGAUAACCAAAGUAAGGGACCCUUUGUCCUUGGCUCUGGAGAAAUAGGGAUGCUUUUGUCUGAGAAUUCGUGCCGGCCGCACCUGAGAGAGAAUUCGUGCCGGCCGCACCUGAGAGAGAAUUCGUGCCGGCCGCACCUGAGAGAGAAUUCGUGCCGGCCGCACCUGAGAGAGAAUUCGUGCCGGCCGCACCUGAGAGAGAAUUCGUGCCGGCCGCACCUGAGAGAGAAUUCGUGCCGGCCGCACCUGAGAGAGAAUUCGUGCCAGCAAGUCAGAGCCGGCCAGAACAGAAAAGACUCAGGUGAGAGGCCGAUGUCAGCUAGCCUCAGGAGGCAUGAUUUAGCCUAUUAAGCAGGACUGGCCAACAAAAACCCUGAUCACAGAGGCUCAGAAAGCUUCUUGGUUGACAAGAAUUUCUGCUCUUAGAAGGGUAGGGCAUCCCCUGCGACACAGAAGUUCGGUGUUGGGAACCCUCCCAGACCUCACCUUAUGCGCCUCUUCUUAGCUAUAAUAAAUCUGUAGUCAUAAGUAUGGUAUUAAAAAAAAAAACAAUGCCACCAAGUUGAUUCUGACUCAUACUAACCCUAUAGGACAGUACAACUGCCCCAUAGGGUUUCCAAGGGUGUAAUGUUUAUGGAAGCAGACUGCCACAUCCUUCUCCCAUCGAGCGGCUGGUGGGUUCCAACCACUGACCUUUUGGUUAGCAGCCAAGCCCUUAACCACUGCACCAGCAGGGCUACUCAACUGAAUUCUGUGAGUUGUUCCAGUGACUUACUAAGCCUAACGGUGUAGUGGGAGCCGGCAGGUCAGAAAAUAAUGGUCGAGCUUGUGGCUGGCAUCCUGAAGGGUUAAGCAUCUGCCCAUCUGGCAGUCUGUAGGACAGUGUCCUUUUAACUUGUGAGCUCUGACCUAGUUUUGGGUGGCCAGGGCCAGACAAAGUGCAGUGGGGGUAGCUGGUGAUGGGAAUGGAGAAGUAGGAAUGGAUCAAUCUCCACAUUUUGGGAUUGGAUUCAAGCCAGUCCUUACCAUGCAACAUCUAAUUGUUGCCAUGCCGUAUGCUGAAAGAGCUAUUUUUUUCCCCACUAAAUUGCCUUUGCACCUUUGUCAAAAAUCAGUUGCCCAUAUACAGGUGAGGAGCCUAUUUCUGGCCUCAGUUCUGUUCUGCUGAUCUAUGUGUUUAUCCUUUUGCCAGUGCCACACCGUCUUAAUUAUUGUAGUUUUCUUUGUCGUAAAUCUUGAAAUCACUGAGUCCUCCAAGUUUGUUCUUUUUCAAAAGUGUUUUGGCUAUUGUAGUUCCUUUGCUUUUCCAUAUAAAUUUUAGAAGCUGAAUGCAUCAACCACUCGUGCCACGCGGGGACUUCUUUUCAUUCCAUGGACAUUGGUAUUUGUCUCCAUUUUCUCAGUCUUUAAUUUCUCUCACCAAUGUUGUAUAGUUUUUCACAAUACAGGCCUUGCACAUCUUUUGUCAUAUUUAUCCCUAAGUAAUUUUUUUAUGCUAUUGUAAAUAAUGCUUUUAAGAUUUUACUUCUGACCGCUCGUUGCUAGUAUGCAGAAAUAACAUCUGACUUUUGUAGGUAUUUUGUCUUUUUACCUGGCUAAACUUAUGUAAGUUACAAACAUUACAGAUUCUUUGAUUUUUCUGUGUAGAAAAAUCAUGUCAUCUGUGAAGAAGAGAGUUUUAUUUCUUCCUUUCUAUUCUGUAUGUCUUCUUAACCUUGCCUUAUUGUGCAUGCUAGGCCUCCAGUACAGGAGUGGUGAGGGCAGACAUCCUUGUCUUGUUCCUUAGGCAUUUGUCAUCUUUCACCAUCAAGUAUGAUGUUAGUUGUAGAUUUUUUUUUUAAACAUCCUUUUUGUCAGAUCGAAGUUCCCUAAGAGUUUAUUAUGAAUGAUUGUUAGACCUUUUCAUCAGAUGCUUUUCUUCAUCUAUCAAGAUGAUUUAUCAUCUUCAAUUUUUGGAAGUUUAUAUAGAGAUGGUUUUAUUUCUUCCUUAAAUGUUUGGUAGGAUUCACCAUUGAAGCCAUCCAGGCCUGCAGUUUUCUUUGUUGCAAAGUUUAUGAACUACAAAUUCAAUUUCUGUAAUAGAUACAGGGCUACUAUUUCUGGAUAGUGUUUUGGUAGUUUAUUAUGUCUUUUAAUCAUUGAAUUUAUGGGCAUAGACUUAUUAUUAAUCUUUUAUUAUCCUUUUAAUGUAUGUAGGACCUGUAGUGACAUCCCUUUUUUCCUGAUAAGUCUGCCUACAGCUUUAUUUUGUCAUCUUUAAAAAUAAAAAUCCAGCUUUUGAUUGCCUUGAAUUUCUUCGCUGUUUUUCAGUUUUCUAUUUGGCCGAUUCCUACAUUUUUUCUAGUUUAAGGUGAAAUCUUAGGUCACUAAUUUGGGACAUUAAAAAUAAAAAUCCAGCUUUUGACUGCCUUGAAUUUCUUCGCUGUUUUUCAGUUUUCUAUUUGGCCGAUUCCUACAUUUUUUCUAGUUUAAGGUGAAAUCUUAGGUCACUAAUUUGGGACAUU